AUGGCGGACGCGACGACGCCGCUGAUGUUCGAACCGCCGUGCAGCGCGCCGGACGGGGGGUUCUGGCGCGAGGCGGCGCGCGUGAAGCUGCACGAGGCGAAACUGGAUGAAACGCCCAUCGACGUCCGCGCGCGCGUGUGCUGCGCGCAGAACGCCGAGGUGUCGAGCGCGGUGUCGUUGGAUGCGCUCGCGUUCGACGACGCGACGAGCGAGGGCGAGGAGGCGGCGGGAGGACGAGGGACGUGGACGACGCGCGGGCGGUUGACGUGCGCGAACACGCGCGAGGCGUUGGCGACGUUCGAUCGCGACGGUGCGAUGCGCGCGAUGGGACGAGAGAUGCUCGAGAGCGUGAUGAAUGGCGACGCCGAACGCGAGCCCGAACGAUUGAGGGCGUUCGCGGUGGUGGCGUACGCGUGUUUGAAGAGUUGGUCGUUUACGUAUUGGUUCGCGUUUCCGGCGCUCGCGAGCGCGGAGUUUAAGAUUAUGUCGUCAGCCGUCACGGGAAUGACGAACGAGGGCGUGGAUGGCGACAUCGCGGCGACGUGUGAGCGAUGGAUCGCGAGCGGGGGGGCGUCUGCGUGGUUGGUGAGCGAGGACGGCCGCGAGGCGUACGCUUUGACGGAGUACGAGGCGAGGACGCGAGCUGGUGCGAAGCCGCGGCUCGCGUUCGCGGAUGCGUGCUGCGCGAUGACGCAUCCGGGCUGGACUUUGCGCAACUUGGCAGUGUUGGCGUCAGCACGUUGGGGUGCGAGCGCGUUGGACGUGGUAUGCGUACGAGCGCGCAAAGGGCGGGUCGCCGCCGAGGCAUGUGUGAAGUUUACGAUGUCUUUUCCAAAGUUCGAUGUGGAGACGAUGAAAGUGGUUGGCUGGGAGCGUAACGCACGCGGAAAGAUGGGCCCGCGCACGGUCGAUCUCGGGGCGAGCAUGGAUCCAAAUCAACUCGCGUCGCAGGCAGUGGAUCUGAAUCUAAAACUCAUGCGAUGGCGUUUGCUUCCGGAACUGGACCAAGAAAAACUCGCAGCCACUAAGUGCUUGCUCAUCGGCGCGGGAACGCUAGGGUGCGCAGUCGCUCGCACGCUCAUGGGCUGGGGUGUCAAACACAUCACGUUCGUCGACUCGGGGCGAGUUUCGUAUUCUAACCCAGUUCGACAGUCGCUGUUUGAGUUCGAAGACUGUCUCGACGGCGGCGCGCCCAAGGCUGCGGCGGCGGCGAAAAAGCUCACAGAAAUUUUCCCGGGCAUGUUUGCCAAAGGAGUUCUGAUGAGUAUUCCCAUGCCCGGACACAGCGUCAGCGAGAAACUGAAAGCAUCGGUGUUCAAAGACGUCGACGAUAUCGAGGCGUUGAUCGACGCGCACGACGUCGUGUACGUGCUCACGGACACACGCGAAUCGAGAUGGCUUCCAACGUUGAUUUGCGCCGAUAAGGGGAAGCUUUGCAUUAAUACCGCGCUCGGUUUCAACACUUAUCUCGUUAUGCGGCACGGAUGCGGCGUCGACCAUGCGUCGUCAUCGCGGCUUGGAUGCUACUUCUGCAACGACGUCAUGGCUCCGGCGAAUAGCACAAAGGACCGCACGCUAGAUCAGCAAUGCACGGUGACACGCCCAGGUCUUGCUCCCAUCGCAAGUGCGCUCGCCGCCGAACUCAUGGUGGCCUUACUUCACGCCGAAAAUGGCGUCACGACGUCGCCUCCGACUCGCGAACAAGACGUGAGCGCGGAGCGCGAAGCCGACUCCUCGCCCUUGGGCGUCGUCCCGCAUCAAAUUCGUGGCAGCGUCGCCGGGUUUACUCAAACCCUAUUUGACGCCCCGUGCUUCCCUCGAUGCACCGCGUGCUCCACCGCUGUCGUCGCGAAAUACCGCGACGAUCGCGACGGAUUUCUCACCGCCGUCUUCGACGAUCCCAAAACGCUCGAAGACGCCACUGGUCUUACCGACCUCCUCGGCGCCGUCGACGCCGACGACGCCGAGUGGCUCGACGACGACUCCGACGACGCGUUCGACGUUUAG